CAUUAAGUAAGACGUACUGGUGGUGUUCCGUUCGUUCAAAGUCUAACAGAUGCCCCACAACAGUAGUACAGAUUGGAACCUCCUCCGAGCAUGGCAACAGGGACCACAACCACCAAGGAAAACCCGGAGCCAUCAUUGCAGCCAAAAUCAAGUAACAGUUAUGAGAAGUUAAGUACAUUGUAUUUGCAUUGGAAUUUAAGGAAAUUAGAGAAAUUUUAUUUGUUAAUUUUCGUAAUUCAUAAAAAAGUUUUAAGAAAAAAAUAGAAACAUAUCAUAUGCUGAUAUGACGUUGCAAUUCAGGUAAGGUCUGUUGUCCAGGACAAUGUUUUCACAUCGGCUCCGUCCAUUGUGUGUUCGGUGAUGCAGGAAAAUGUAGAUCUUCGGAAGCCCGAUACCAGUCGACCGAAGACCUCCAACCUGGUGAGGAUGGCCAACUGUUCGAGGCAAAACAUGCGCCCGGAGGAACCGAGGUCACUCGAUUUUGAGUUUGCCGCCGACUUCAUUAGGCCUGGAUUCUACAGGGAUGACACCAGAGUAGACGAUCGUCGACAUAUCCUUUUCGCCACAGACGAACAGCUGGGCACCCUUUCAGGAGCUAAGAGCUGGUUUAUCGACGGGACAUUCAAGCUGGUUAAGAAGCCUUUUGUCCAGCUCCUAUCUAUCCAUGCAUGUCUAGAAAGUUGGGGUUAUGUAACCGGAAGAUAUGAAAACACUUCUGUUCUGUACUGUGUUUAUUUGAACUCUGAAGUAAAACUGUAGUAUAUGCUA